CUCUCGCCACCUUUCUUCCUCCUCCCAUCCCAUCUCCCACACACACCAGCAACCAAAGCCCCAACACACACACACCGCGUACUCCAACACUUGUUUCAGGAGCUAGCAAAGCACUCUUUUCCAGCUGAGAUGUCUGCCAAGAUGGUGUCACUGCUCGUUGUCGUCCUGGCCGUUCUGGCCGUGGCGACCGAGGCGAGGAACCUGAAGACGACCUCGGAGGCCGCCAGCAGCAACAAGGACGCGGUGCUGCAGCCGACGACGUUCCCGCCCUUCGACAGGCUCCCGGGCAGCGCGUCGCCGGCGUUUGGCGGGAUGCCCGGCGCCGGCAGCAGCAUCCCGGGGUUCAGCCUCCCCGGCAGCGGCGGCGGCGCCACCCCGGGCUUCGGCAGCAUCGGCAGCAUGCCCUUCCUCGGCGGCAGCAGCCUCCCUGGAAUCGGCGGCGGCAGCAGCCUGCCUGGCAUGGGCGGCGUUGGUGGCAUGCCCGGAUCCCCCGCCGCCGGAGCCGUCGUCGAGCGCGCCAACAAGCCGUGAAAGGCUCUUUUCGCAAGCUAGAAAUGCUAGAUCUCUGCUAGCGGUGCAUGGUUAAUUGGUUCGUUCCGUAAUGCUAUUAUACACGUAGUACACGUGCAUGCAUGCAUGAUGGUUCCCUGGGCGCUAUACGCCGCGCGUACGUUUUUAUUUGUGCAGUUUAGCAGCUUGCACUCUUGUGUGGACGUUUAAUUUGUUGUUUUCCAAUUAGGUUGGUCUAUCUUCGGUCGUACUACGUGUUGAGUUCUUAUUGGUUAUGUAGUGGUAGUGCUGUUCUUGAGGCAUGAAUAAUGCUAGGUGUAAGUGGCUCUUGUGCUGUGGGAAUGAGUAUCAAUUUAAUGGAGUACUGUUAUUGUAACAC